AUGGCUGACGAACAAAAUACACCUGAAGUUGCUGCAAUUGUAUCUCGUAUUGAAUCAUGGCUUAAUACACAUCAAAAUAGACUUGAAUUAGAUUUAACUAAUGAAUCUAUUCCAUUUGAACAACAUAGUGGUACUCUUUUUACUGCUAAUCAAGGUCAAGUAUCUGUAACUCUUGGUUUCAAUGAUGGUGUGACAAAAGAUUCAUCAAUUGAGCAAUUACGUUCAAAAUUUAAUUUUAUUGCACUUGAUCGACUUCCAGUACCUGGUCUUGAUGGAGUUCCAUCAAAAUGGCAAAUUUAUCCUCAAACACCAGUGUCAUCAUUUUCUGAAGGUGUCACUCUUGAACAAUAUAAUUCAAAUACACAAAUAUUACAAUUAACUGUUGAAACAAAAUUUUUUGCCAUCUAUGGAAAUAUACCACAAGUUCCUCAAAUAGCUUGUGGUUCAGCUCCAAAAGGUACUUAUUUACAAGUACGACGUGAUAUUCAAGGUAUUAUUAAACUUAAAGCAAAACUUGUUUUCAGUGCAUAA